AGAGCAUGUACUUAUGUGCAUUGCCGAAUACGGGUCUUCAAUGGACCGAGUCUUGAAUUUGAUAAGUACAUCUUUGCAUGGAAUUUGUCGAGUUUUAAUAUAUGUUAUGAACACUUAAAAGAACGGUGUUUGAGAUUAUUAAAUGAAUAAUAUUAAUCCAGAUGAAUUUUUGAUAAUCAAAGAUGGCAGAGAAACGGGACGAAAGUGGUGAGAAGCUCAUUACAUCGGCGCGAAAGGGUGACCUUGAAGCAAUCUUGGGUGUAAUCAGAAACGAAGAUGCACCAGCUAGCAGACAAAUUUGUAACUACAAAGGAAAGACAAAAACUUUUUUUGGGUGGACAGCGUUACAUGUAGCUGUUCAUCAUGAAUACUUGGAAAUUGUCAAAGUAUUAAUUGAUGCUGGCUCAGAUGUUGAUCUGAAAACAGAUGAUGGGGAGACAGCUUUGCAUAUUGCAGCAUUGCUUGGAAACAAGGACAUUGUUAAGAUUCUUCUUCAAACUGGAGCAAAUCCAUUGCUUUUGAAUAAUGAAGAAAAUACAGCAUCAAGUGUGACUAAAGAUGAGGAAGUUCUAUCACUAUUGCUAGAAGGUGAAAAUGAAAAAGAAUCCAUGAUAAAAAACCUCCUGUUUUCUGCAGCACGAGAAGGAAAUGUCAAGGAACUCAAGAAUUUGGUGUCUGGAGAUGUCAUUCUUGACAUCAACUGCGUGGAUGACCAAGGAAACACUGCUUUACAUUUGGCUGCAUAUGGAGGACAUAAAGAAGUUACUGUAUUGUUGUUACAAAAUGGUGCCAACCCGUCUAUGAAAAAUCACAGUGGUCAGACAGCAUUUCAUGUUGCAGAUGAUCUUAAAAUGAAGAAACUAUUAGAUGUACAACCUUCCCAGAUCUGUCUGAAUAGCUCCAUUCGUAAAGCAGCAAAAUCUAUGAAGGCUUGGCAUAGAUUUGCUCCAAAAUUUGAAGGCUAUCUUUUAAAGAAAUCACGUUUUUUUGGCUGGAAAAAAUUCUGGGUUGUUCUUGAUCAUGGUAAAAUCUCAUGGUUUGCCAAAAGGGCAGAUUCUGUAAGUGGUGUAAAUCGUCAAGGCUUGAGGAAUCUUGAGAAUUCUGUCUUUGCAGUUUCAAAGAACGAUGAAUACAAAAUUAAAAUGCAAUUUUCUGACAACUCAAUUUUAAUUUGGAGCGUGAAGAUUAAUAGAAAUAUUAUUUCUAGACAGUCUUGGCUUAAUGCCCUUCAUGAACAUCAGAGCUAUAGCACAUAUUUUACAAACCAUCAUUCAGUCCAGCUUAGCGAUGGCUCAAAUGACAAUAUUUUACCUGUUGAAACGAUGGAGAAUGCUUUAAAGGGUGCACAGGCACAUCAAAAUAUUUUGAAGAAACAAGUAUCAAUGGUGGAAGAAUUACUGAAUGGUCUUAGUGAAGAUUUGAAACGAUCAAAAACUACAUUUUUGAGCAUUAAAGGCAAACUAACGCAAGUGUUAACAUCAGCUAAAGAGAUGUAUAGCUCAUUGAAUCAUUGUCUGAGUCUCGUUACUCAACAAGAAGAGGCUAGGAGAUUGCAGCUUGGUGACGAAGCAGAGCGACGUCGUGUGUUGGAGGAUGCGCUUCACGUGUUAACCGCUGAACAUCAUGGAUUAUCGUCGUCAUUAGCUCAUGUACCUGAGCUCCACAAAGCUACUCAGAGAACAAUUUCUGUUCAGUCAUCAGGUAAAAUGUCUAAUUGGGAAACUAGUGAAGCUGAAGAGUAUUACUCUCCUCAAGAAGAACUCGACUUUCUUUCAUCGAGUGAUCAAGAAGAAAAUGAUAGAUAUGAUGUACAGAAACCUAUUGUAAAUGGUGUACGUCACCAGGCUGAUGACGUAGUAGAGAGAAAGAAAUUUAACCAUUCUCUCUCAAUUGAAAAUGGCAGUUUUAACGUGGAAGACUUGAAUCAAAUAUCUGAUGGCAAGCAUCGUACCAGUCUUCCUGCACCCAUGUUAUCGGUGCGCGACUACAGUUUUUGGGCUGUUUUGAAACAUUGCAUUGGCAAGGAUCUUUCCAGAAUAGCCAUGCCAGUGAUAUUCAAUGAACCAGUUACAUUUCUUCAACGUAUUUGUGAGUACAUGGAGUAUGGACACAUUUUACAGAUUGCACAAACAAAGAAAGAUCCUGUUGAAAGGAUGCAGUAUGUUGCCGCUUUUGCUGUUUCGUCUACUGCAUCUACACUAAAUCGUGUUGGCAAGCCAUUUAAUCCGUUGCUUGGAGAAACUUAUGAACUUAUAAGGGAAGAUCUUGGCUACAGGAUAAUUACAGAACAGGUGAGCCAUCAUCCACCAAUCAGUGCGUUGCAUUGCGAAGGCAAAGGAUUCAUAUUUCAUUGCUCCGUACAACCGAAGUUGAAAUUCUGGGGUAAAGGUGUCGAGGUUGUUCCAAAAGGAAUUGUCACUUUAGAGUUUACUGACUUGAAAGAAUCGUAUACUUGGUGUAACAUCAACUUAUGUGUUCAUAAUGUUAUCAUAGGGCAAAUAUGGGUGGAACAGUAUGGUCAAAUUGAGGUUGUCAACCAUACGCACGGUGUGAAAUGUGUUUUGAACUUCAAACCUUGUGGUUGGUUUGGUCGAGAUGCGAAUAAAGUUGAAGGAACGAUACUAAAUACGAGAGGCAAGAAAGAGUAUAUAAUGAAAGGCGAUUGGACGGAUCAGCUUUAUUGCUAUCCUGCUAAAAUGAAAUCUAAAACAAUACCCAACGACGCAUCGUUCGGUUCAAUGACCGGAAGUGCUUUAAUUCCCCCAAGCGUCGCCAGUACAAGUACUGAUAGUUUAAAUGAAGAUAGUGAUGAUUAUGGAGUACUGCUAUGGAAAGUCAACCCCCGUCCACCAAACUCGGAAGAGAUGUAUCAUUUUACGUCCUUUGCGAUGCAGUUAAACGAGCUUCAGAAAAAUCAAGUUGACAAGCUUCCCCCGACUGAUUCUCGUCUCAGGCCUGAUGUCCGCGCUUUAGAAACGGCAGAUAUAGAUUAUGCAGCUGAUGAAAAGCGUAGGUUGGAAGAUAAGCAACGAGCAGCCGGGAAAGAACGAUCUAAAAGAAAGGAAGAAUAUUUCCCAAUGUGGUUCAAAGAAGCUCCUAAUCCUAACAAUAAUCAAAUGGAUUGGCUGUUUACAGAGAAGUACUGGGAACGAGACUUUAGCAAUUGUCCGGAUAUUUUCUGAUGUUUACACAAUUCAUUUGCAUGCUACCAAAGAAGUAUUUCUCUAUUUUUUCUAUACCAGAAUAAAUGUACGUAGAAUAGAUUUAUGGACUCAUGGAACUAGGAACAAUUUAAAUGAAUUUGUUUCAAGUCGUUUUACGAGGAGUUUUUUGCAGUCUCCUAGUAAAACUACGAAGUCAAGACAAACAUGACGAGGGAUCAUAUAUUUAAACUACAACUACGUGAAAUAUUUAUCCCAGGCGAAUAACCAAAAGCGUGGACAAAAAAGCUAGUUGGAGAUCUUAUCUUUGAACUUUACGAGAUUUUCUACGAUACUCUCUGAUGAAUAAGGCAAGAGUAAAAGUUAAAUAAUAACAACUUUUAAAAGAUAAACGAGAAUUUUAAGAUAUGAAAGAAAAUUGAAUAAAUUGUGUAUGAAUUCUCUUA